AAACACACGUGUCUCGGGUACAUGAGCUGGAAUGACAAAGAAAGGCCAUAAUGUGGCCCUUAAAAGCAGGCUUCAUCCUACGAAGAAGAGAGCAGAUAGGAUUUUCCUGGGGAGAAUCUUAACUCAGAGUUUGCUGACAGCCAAGGAUGGCAAGCAAGGGGCCCUCGGCCUCUGCGUCCCCCGAGAACUCCAGUGCAGGGGGGCCCAGCGGCAGCAGCAAUGGCGCUGGUGAGAGUGGAGGGCAAGACAGCACCUUCGAGUGCAACAUCUGCCUGGACACAGCCAAGGACGCCGUCAUCAGCCUGUGCGGCCACCUCUUCUGUUGGCCAUGUUUACAUCAGUGGUUGGAGACCAGACCUAACAGACAGGUGUGUCCAGUUUGCAAAGCUGGCAUCAGCCGAGACAAGGUCAUCCCGCUCUAUGGCAGGGGCAGCACUGGGCAGCAGGACCCCAGAGAGAAGACCCCUCCCCGUCCUCAAGGACAGAGGCCAGAGCCGGAGAACAGAGGGGGAUUUCAAGGAUUUGGAUUUGGGGAUGGUGGCUUCCAGAUGUCUUUUGGAAUUGGGGCAUUUCCCUUUGGGAUUUUUGCCACAGCAUUUAACAUAAACGAUGGGCGGCCUCCUCCAGCUGUCCCUGGAACACCCCAGUAUGUGGACGAGCAGUUCCUGUCACGCCUCUUCCUGUUUGUGGCCCUGGUGAUCAUGUUCUGGCUCCUGAUUGCCUAAUGCUGGGCUCCCAGCCUACAACCAUGGCAGGGCCUCUGAGCUGGUGACACACCACCCCCACUCUUGAUGUUUGGCUUCCUGGCUAAUCCUGACCCCUGGAAUCAGUGGGGUCAGUAACACAUCAAGGAGUUUUGCUUCUCCAUCAGAGCUUUCGGACUCAAGACCAGUUGUCGAGGACCCUAGAAUGUGGCCACUUCUGUAAAAACCCUGCUAUAACCUCAGUCCUCAGCAUUGAGUCAUCUCUCAUGGGUUACACCAUGAAAUCCUGUUCCAGCCAGCUCAGCAGGUCCUGACUCUGCACAGGGAAGAGGCAGAAAGAGCGAAACUGACAGUACAGUUUCACCUGAGUUUGAUACUACAAAAACCAAGAGAUGAACGAAAUAGUACUUUCUUUCAUCUCUUUAAAUACCCCUUGGUAAAUGGCCUCCGAAAUCGCUGGGGCUCCUCAUACAGAGAGGUUCCCCUUCCAGGUCCCAGUGCUGCUCUGUCCUAUUUCCUCCUCCUCCUCUUCAGCAGAAAUGCAAGAAAUUGCUGUCCUAUAAAGAUCAUAAUUGUAGCAGCUGAAGCUGGAGUCACUUCAUGAAUUCACCAAAGACCCAAAGAUCUUUUAUUGGCUCUGGGCUGUGCUCAGUGUCUGACUCCAGAGAUUGGCUUGAAUGACCUCCUGGUUUCCUGGAGUAGAUUAUCCCUGGAGACAUGUGGCUUCACUCUCAGAUUUCCCAUCAGCUUCCCCCCCAAAACUUUGUGCAUCCGCCUUUCUGCUAGAGGGCACACAGCCUAGACUACUGCUGAAGCCGGGACUGACUGCUGCACGUCAGGAAAGACCUGCAGUUGGGCCUCUGGUGGGAUUCAGAGCCCUGAUGCAGGAACAACUGUAUAAGCAGCCCUGUCCCCAAGGCUGCAGAAGCUCUGGGUGAAUCCUCUCCUAGACUCAACCAAAGGAAACUGGGGGCUUUGUCAAGUCAGUCCAGCUGCAUGUUGAAGACGACCCUCCUCAGAAGCUAAAUUGUUCUUAAUGAAGAGGCAGGCAAGGGGGAGACCAGCAUGUGACCCUGAUUUUGGUAUGGCUUAAUGGAUUCCCCUGAAAACUCCUUGUGUGUAUUCUAAAAUCAGGGAAGCAUGUGACUCCAAAGCAGGCAAUCCCUGAUGAUUUGUAAAAGCCAGGCAGCAGAGCCUGGGGAGCCUCAACAUGAUAAUUUGAUAAGGUCUUCCUGUGGAAAUUUCCAGGAGAAAUCAUUCUUCCUAAGCCUGUGAUUUGUUUUUCAACUUCACAAGCUUCUUCCUCUAAAUCUGAUUGAAAGAGUGUGGUGCCAGGUAGGAGGACAGUUCACUUGGUGGAAUGGUUCUCACUUUGCUGGUCAGAUUUCUCUUCCUAGAAAUCCAGCUUCUUCCAGGAGACCUGGAGAGUGGGGGAAGAUGGACUUCUUCUGGGGGCCUCUCCAGUCCACACUGCUCCUGGCUUACCCCCAGCAAUAGCCAACAAGUGGUAGAAAGCCCCACUUAGUGCUUUUUUCCAAAUAUGGCUCUGCAUAGUGUGUGAAAACCAAGACAUUAAGGAAGAUGAGGGAAGCCCUCCUGCCUUCUCCACAGCUCCACCCCUUCCCCUUUGUACCUGUCAAUGCCAGAGUUCAGUGUUUAAACAGACAAAAUAUAAGUAUUGAAUAGGUGGUUCGUUUGCCGAAUUCAUUUGGUAGGAAUAAGCCACCAGCUUUACAAUGUGCCUGAUGGAUUUUAAACAUUCUUGGGGGCACCCACUUAAGAGUGCUCUUUUUAUUACCUUUUGGAAAUCCCCAGAGUCGGAGGGGCCCCUGGCUAUUCUCAGCUCAAGAGGAUUGGUGGAAUCCCUCAGUGGAGUUGCUCCACCUAGUGGUGGGAGACAGGACUUCAGUCAGAUGGUCCCAGAAGAAAGGUUCAAGAAGGGUUGUGGAUAGGAAGACAAAUCCCUCUGACUCUAACGGAAUGGAGUGAGCCCAGGAGUGCACCACCAGCAAAGGCAUCCCAGGAACCUGUUAGCAAAGCCAGGUUGGCCAUGUGCCGUUUGAUUUUGAACCUUAUAGGUCCCCCCUCAUCCUCCUCCAGGAGCUGGGGCAGGAGAGCCGACUUGGGACUGCUGGCCCAGCCCCGACAGGGAGCCACCUUUGCACCAUCCCUCUGCAGGCUCACCACCUUGCCCCUCUGCCAAGGCAGUUGUCCUUUCUUUUGUGUGUGUUUUCUAUGUUCUUGGCCUCCAUCCCCUUUCUGCCACCUUUGUGGAUUAGGACCAGGUCCUAGCCACAGUCAGAAAAUGAUACCAUGUACAGUGACACACCUUGACCAGUCACUAAUUUUCACUGUUGUGAAAGUGAUUUGAUUUAGAAUUAAACAAAUGGUUUUACA